ACGGGGGAUGCUAGAACGAAAAGCUGGCCUGGCUAUUCAAAAUGUAAACGUCAAUCGAUAAAAGCUGAAACAGCCAUCAAAAAGAUCACACGUAGUCCGUGCUCUAAACACAUUCGAAUAUUAAUCUAAAUAUCACAUAGCAAAUCGUAUCCACACUGAAUGUUCAACGCAGCAGCCACGUGGCAGGCGCGCAGCCAAUCGCCGCCACAAAGGAGCUCAACCGGCUUUAGUUUUGUCAAUCGCGAACGCAACAGCCAAUUUGCACAGUGCAAUGGAUUUAUUCCAAUGCCGCCAACGACCACGGGCUCCACUGUCGUGGGCGUACAGUACCGUGACGGCGUCAUCAUUGCCACCGACAGAAAGGGCACAGCCGAUGGCAUGGUCACCACCAAUUGCAUGAAGAAAUUGUAUCGCUUGCAGGAUAAUAUUUACGCCGGUGGGUGCGGGGUCUGCGGUGAUCUGCACCAGCUGGCACGCCUCACUCACGCCCAAAUGGAGCUGCACCGCCUGCGAAUGCACGGCCAUGUGCCUGUCGUCUGCGCCAAUCAGUUUGUCAAGCAUCUCUUGUACCGCUAUCAGGGCCACAUCCAGGUCAAUCUGAUCAUCGGCGGGGUGGACAGUGGGGGGGCCAGUCUCUAUGCCACCCGCUUCGAGGGCACCACGGAUAAGAUUCCGUUCGCGGUGCAGGGAUCGGGCCACUUGGCCGGCAUGGCUGUGCUGGAGAAACGCUGGCACGCACGUCUCGACGAGAAGGCGGCUGAGUCUCUGGCCAUCGAUGCGGUGAGCUCUGGCAUACGAAACGAUCUGUUCUCCGGCUCGCCCAUCCAUAUCUGCGUCAUCCGCACCGACUACUCGGUUGCCCUGUACGACAAGAUAUUCGCUGUGAAUAUUCCUCCCAGACAAUCCGCACUGAGAGUGAAAAGAGACUUGCCCAAAGUCCUUUUCGCAAUGGAUCAUCCCAUAGAGCCCGUUGACAACAGCUUGUACACACCUCCACUGGACUCUGAUAAGCUCUUGCCUAAGGGCUCACGGACCGCACUUGCGUUGGCCCGCCACAGGAGCAAGAAAAAUAAGCAGCCAAAUCAAAGCGAUGCAUAAAAAUUGUCUAAAACAAGUUCAAGUCAGUUUUGUUUACAGUUUUUGUUCAUAAUUAUAGCCCAAUUAAUGCUUA